AUUUUCCCUUUUCGGGAAACUCUGCUUGUAGCUGGUGCGAGGACUUCACACUAGUGGUGAUGACUCCACGCGCGCGCAUUGCGAUGCGAGCUCAGAGCGGGCGGGUGGUUGGAUUUUGUGGAUGGAGUGAAGCUCUCGCUUGUGGCACUUCAGCUCGUGUACCCGGCCAACUGGUUUCGGCGCAGGAGCUUCGGACAAGGGAGGGAAGGAGGAAGGGAGUCAGUUACAGUUGGUUGCGAUAUCUGCCAAGAAAUCGAGGCAAAUUUGGCAAGGUGUGUUAGUGUCUCUUCGUCGUCAUUGCGCCUUGGAUUGAAGAGUCAUGCCCACGGUGAACAGCCGUUUAGGUAACUGACCGAGCGACGCUGUGGUUGCGCUUCGGUGCAGCGUCGGAGCUCCCUCGUGCUUCUCAUGAAAGCUUGUUUUUCCCGCGCCUCGACUCUUCUCGCGCUCAUUGAUCGUUAGAAAUUUCUUCAAUUUGUUAGCGUUUUUCGUCUGCGGUACUCUUUCGUGCCGCUGGCAUAGCCUUUGGAGCCUUCAGGCUCUUACAACUCUGCCAGAGAAGCUGACUAUUUUCAUAUCUCAUAAUCUAUUAUGUGAACAAGGAGGUGGAAGGGUUUGUCCUACGACAAUCCCAAAGUUGUCUCGGUUGAGAUAAUGCUUUUCGCUCAAUUUUUUCUCUGAAGAUUGUUGUCGGCAGCAUGUGGUUACCGACUAGUGAAGUUUGUUAACAAAUUCGACAACCUUGCACGGGGAGGUGAAUUCAUUUCAUUAUCUUCCCCCUAGCUGUAAUCAUCAUGGUGGGAGUAGUGGCACUUAGGUUGGGGGUGAAAACUGGAGGUGUAAACAUAUCCCAAGCAUGGCAAAGUAUACCUAGCAGUUUUCACGCACCAUUCUUUGCCAGACCUUCCUUCCAGAAGACUCCCGGAGUUUCUGGCAUGAAAGUUACUAUGAUGUUACCAAAAUUUUCGCCAGCGAAAAUUUUGGAAAACAUAAUCUUUUCUCUUCGGUUCAAGACCCCGGAGGACAAAAGUGAGAAUACGGUUCAAACUUCUGGUGAGAAUGAUAAUGGAAUCGCCGCUGAAGCGCCGGGAAAAGCCGAGAAUGAGGAGCAAGAAGAACUCAUGGAAACAAUUAAAGAAGAGAGCCGCAAGGCUGGAAUAGAGGAAUCGACUGAGCCUUUAAACGGAGGCGAACAAACUGCUGACGUUACUCGCGAUACCCUUAAUCCUUCUAUCUUAUGGGAGCGGCGAGAGAAAGACGUACUUGCUGAAAAAGACCUUAAUUUCACGAGUCCUGGUUUCAGCUUUUCGGCAGCAGGGUUGCUCUUCCCUUACCAUCUGGGAGUGUGUCAGUGCUUGAUUGAAAAUGGCUACAUCACUGAGAAUACACCACUGGCUGGAUCAUCUGCUGGGGCACUUGUGUGCGCAGUUAUUGGAAGCGGCUUAAGCACGUACGAUGCUCUUCAGGCCACGAAAGAGCUUGCUCUCGAUUGCCGCACUUAUGGCACCGCCUUUCGUCUUGGGGCCGUUCUUAGAAAUUUUCUUGAGAAGUUCUUACCGGAAGAUGUACACUUAAAGGUUAACGGGAAAAUCAGAGUUGCGGUUACGCAAGUUUUUCGGCAACCAAGGGGUUUACUGGUAGAUUUCUUCGAUUCUAGGGAGGACUUGAUCAACGCUCUCCUAACAUCAUGUUUUAUACCAGGGUAUUUAGCACCUAGGCCUGUGACCAUGUUCCGCAAUCGAAUAUGCGUCGAUGGAGGCAUUACGUUCUUCAUGCCACCGACAGCUGCUGAUAAAACAGUACGGGUAUGCGCGUUUCCGCUGUAUGCACCUGAAGGCAUUAGUCCCGACUUAAAUCCUGGUGAAACUCGAGCUGGAAUGAGACAGCUCUUCAACUGGGCUUUGGAACCAGCCGAAGAUGUCAUCCUCGAUGAGCUUUUCGAUUUAGGCUUCCAGGAUGCUUUAGCGUGGGUUAAGAAGCAGGAACCCUCCGAACACAACUCAAACGGUAGAACAAAUGGUGCAGCUUCGGCGUCUGGAUCGAAUUAGCCUUCCGUUUUUGUAGUUCCCUUCAAUGUAACUCUUCUUGGUUUUACUCAGCCCCGAUGAUUUCGAUUGAUUCACCGCAUUUUCUUUUACUCAGAUCAGUUUUGCUCAGUUUUGCUGGAAGGCCAAUAUAUUUUUAAUUCCGGCAUUUCCACCUCAUGUAUUUUAUUGCACAUUACAUGAACAAUGACAGUAGAAACUAGGUUUUGUACAGUUCCCUCGAACAAGCAUAACUCAGUGUUUAACGUGUAGAUUCAUUGUAGAUGAAUUCUGCCAAAGUGUUGGUUUAAAAAAUACCGUCAAGAUUUCGUGUG